AUGUAUCUACUACCACUCUACAUUGUACUUCUACACCUUACAUCGGUGUUUGCCAGAUCCAAUCAUUCACCUGGCUACUGCAACACGUUUGACAAUUGUGGUAAAAAAUCGAUCUUUGGCAAACCUUUACCGUGUGUUAAUUUCGUUCCAGCAACAGAACCUAGUAAAGAGUCACGAGACAGAUUACAACAAAUAUGUGGACGAGAUUUCGAAUAUGUUUGCUGCUCCUCGCACCAAAUUGAUGAACUAGAAUCAAACUUGAAACGAGUGGAUGCAAUCAUUUCAUCAUGUCCCGCAUGUCACAAGAAUUUCUAUGACUUUUUUUGUGAAUUUAGUUGUUCACCUGAUGAGUCCACCUUUGUUGAAAUUGUGAAGACUGAGAUUGCGAAAGACACUGGUAAGGAGAUUGUCACUGAAAUUGAUCAGUAUGUGUCGCCAGAAUUAGCUGAAAAGUUUUUUGAUUCAUGUAAAGAAGUGAAAUUCCUGGCCACCAAUGGGUUCGCCAUGGACUUGAUUGGUGGAGGUGCUAAAAACUAUUCACAGUUUUUGAAAUUCUUGGGGGACGAGAAACCAUUGCUUGGUGGGUCGCCAUACCAAAUCAACUUUAAAUACAAAUUGGAUCAUGAAAAGAAGGGGUUAAAGUUGAGAAAUGAUAAAAUGUACUCAUGCAGUGAUGAAGAAUAUAAGUGUGCUUGUACAGACUGUCAAUCAUCCUGUCCCAAACUCCCACAUGCAAAGAAUUUGAGUAAAAAAUGUACAGUUGGUUUUGUUCCAUGCUUCACCUUUUCCGUUUGGAUGGUUUUGGUAUGUCUAAUUUUACUUCUCGGGGGAUACCACAUUUACCUUGCAAAUGCUAAACGUGAAUUUAGAAGACGAGGAUCGUAUGAAGAUGAAAACAACGAUGAAAUUAUCAGCCCAUUGAAUUAUGUCACUGUUCGUAAGCCGAUGGUACGUCAAUUUUCCGAUAAAUUGAAUUCACAAGUUCAAGAUGGUUUUGAAAAAUUGGCUAAAUUUUGUUCCACGUUCCCUGGUAUCACAAUAGGUACAUCGUUACUAGUGUCGAUGCUAUUGUCUCUUGGUAUGUUUAAGCUCGACAUUGAAACAAGCCCAAUCAAUCUUUGGGUGAGUCCUACUGAACCAGCUUACAUUAAUCAACAAUAUUUUGAAUCAAAUUUUGGUGAGUGGUUUAGAAUUGAGCAAGUUAUUGUCAGUACCAAGAGCAAUGGACCCAUUUUCAACUGGGAUACAAUCGAAUGGUGGUUUGACCAGGAGCUGAAACUUGAAGAAUUAAGCUCUAAAAUCAGCCUAUCAGAUAUCUGUUUUAAGCCGUUGGGUGAUGCAUGUGCUAUUGAAUCCUUUACACAGUACUUUCAUGGUGAUUUAAAUCAAUUGAGUAAAGAAAAUUGGGCACGGAAGUUGCAGAAUUGUGUCGACUCGCCAGUAAACUGUUUACCUUCAUUUCAACAACCUUUGAAACCUGCAUUGUUGUUUGAUGACCCAAACAUCUUGGAAGCAACAGCAUUCACAGUGACUAUAUUGAUUGAUAAUAACUCCUCCAACACUACAUUGGUUAAUGACAUUGUGUCGUAUGAGCAUUCUUUUCAGGCUUGGGCAAAACAAUUACAAGAAAAUGACUUGGGUUUGAAUGUUGCUUUCAGUACAGAGGUUUCACUUACCGAAGAGCUUAACCAGUCAUCAAACACAGACAUCAGAAUCAUUGCUAUAUCGUAUAUCGUCAUGUUUAUUUAUGCAUCAUUGGCACUUGGUGGGAAAUUACCCACGAAAUCAAUGAAAUCACUAGUCAAGUCUAGAUUCAUGUUAGGAUUGAGUGGAAUAAUCAUAAUAUUACUUUCUGUCACUUCAUCUGUUGGACUUUUCUCCAUGUUGAGUUUUAAAUCGACUCUUAUCAUUGCUGAAGUGAUUCCCUUCCUUGUUUUAGCGAUUGGAAUUGACAAUAUCUUCCUUAUUGUACAUGAACUUCACAAAAUUACUGAACACGAACCUGACUUGGAUUUGACGUUGAGAAUAUCAUUUGCAAUGAGAAAUAUCGGACCUUCUUGUUUUAUAAGUGCCAUUUUACAAGUUUCAAUGUUUGUGUUAGCUACGUCAGUGGAUAUGCCUGCAGUUAAAAAUUUUGCCAUCUAUAGUGCUGGCGCAGUUGCAAUUAAUUUCAUCUUACAAAUGACAUGUUUUGUUGCAUUAUUGGCAUUGGAUCAGAAACGGUUGGAAGAGAAUAGAAUAGAUUGUAUUCCAUGUAUUACCAUUUCAUCUCCGGUACAGUUAGAAGGAGAUGCUGAUGCAGAGGAGAAGCACCUUGAGUACAAUUUUUCCCACUGGGUUAAAAAGAAGUAUGCCCCAUACAUAUUAGGUAAAACAACCCGCCCCAAAAUUUUAACCUUUUUCAUUCUUUGGCUUGGAAUUUCUCUUAGUUUGUUCCCUGGAAUCAAUUUUGGACUUGAUCAAAGAAUCGCGAUACCCAAAAACUCAUACCUUGUUGAUUAUUUCAACUCGGUUUAUAACUACUUCAAUUCGGGUCCUCCGGUGUUUUUCGUCGUAAGGGACUUGGAUGUAACACAACGUGGUUAUCAACAACAAAUUUGUGGACGGUUCACCACUUGUGACAAGUUUUCUCUUGCAAAUAUAUUAGAGCAAGAAUUCAAAAGACUGAAAAAAUCGAUGAUUGCUGAACCAACAAGCAAUUGGUUAGAUGAUUUCCUCACUUGGUUGAAUCCUGAUUUGGAUCAAUGUUGUCGAUUCAAAAAACUGUCGCUUUGGGAAUUCGAUACACCUCAAUUUUGUGGACCUCAUGAUCCUGAACGUCAAUGUCAAACAUGUUUUGCUAAUCACAAUCCUCCGUAUGAUGCUAGUAUGAAUGGGUUCCCCCAAGGUGAUGAUUUUAUGUUUUAUUUCAAUCAAUGGAUACAAGAACCUAGUGAUCCUUGUCCAUUAGGAGGCAAAGCGCCGUAUGGUAAUAGCAUAUCUCGAACUGAACGAAAGAUUGAUGCUAGUUAUUUCCGAAGUUCACAUACUCCAUUGCGUUCACAGAAUGAUUUCAUUGCUGCUUAUCGUAAUUCAAUAAGAAUUGUUGAUGAAAUUAAACAGUUAAUUCCUGGGUUGGAUAUUUUCAGUUGGUCACCAUUUUACAUCUUUUUCGUGCAAUAUUUGAACAUUGUGGGUUUGACGUUUAGUCUUAUUGUGGGAGCCAUUGCAAUUAUUUGGAUUGUCUGUACGGUGUUGUUGGGAUCAGUUAGGUCAAGUACUGUAAUGACCAUCACGGUAACUUCAAUUAUGAUAAACAUUGGUGGAGUAUUGGCAGUAUGGGACAUCUCAUUAAAUGCAGUGACAUUGGUCAAUUUGGUGAUUUGUUGUGGGUUGGCUGUUGAGUUUACAAUUCAUUUAACUCAUGCCUAUACUGUAUCAAAAGUAUCUAUCUUUGAAGAUGAAAACGAGGACAAUAUUUAUGAAAAUUUUAUCAAUUACAAUAGUGUCAAUUCCUCCACUUCCGCAUCGAUACAAGAACUCAACUCCAAAAUUAGAUAUCUGAAAGCAUUCAAUUCCAUUGUCACAGUAGGUGGAUCCAUCGUUGGUGGUAUAACAUUUACAAAAUUAAUCGGUAUAUCCAUCUUGGCAUUUACGAGAUCAAAAAUUUUCGAGGUUUAUUAUUUCAGAAUGUGGUUCCUGUUAAUUAUUAUAUCAGCACUACAUGCAUUAGUUUUAUUACCUAUACUCUUGAGUUAUUUUGGUGAUUUGAACAAGUCUAAUACAAUCGUUUAUGAUGAAAGUCAAUUAGGAAGUCAAUUUUACAACGAUUCGAGAGAAGAAAUUGAUUAUGAAGAUACUGGAUUGGAUACCAGCGACUAG